UGAAUAUUUCCUCGCCAUUUUAAUAACAUUUACAGAGCAGACAGCAGAGAUUUUUAUAUUUUAAGCUUUUUAAAUGACUUUAAAUGGAUGAAACUCGACCUACCAACAGAUCUAAGCGACAGAAGCCUCCUGAAGAUGGAUUUUGGGAGUGUAGUGUGUGUACCUACAGAAAUUCCCCAGAAGCUUAUAAAUGUGAUAUGUGUGAUAUUCGUAAAGGAACUUCUACAAGAAAACCCCGUUUGAAUUCACAACUUGUAGCCCAGCAAGCAGCCCAGCAAUUUGUUCCAGUAGCUGCCCCACCCUGUAAGAGAGAAAGAAGUUCUACGGGAUUAGAGUUCAACAGUGAUUUUGAAUUCAGUGACAAUAGUAAUCAAGGAUUAAAUUCUCAUUUUUUUGAAGAACCAAUAAGUAAUAACAACAGUUUGAAUCACUCUCUUGACUUACCUGAAGUACAACUGCCUGAAAGUAUCAAGCAAGAAAAACAACUGCCUGAAAAUGUCAAACGGGAGAAGGAAAAACAACUGCCUGAAAAUGUCAAACGGGAGAAGGAAAAACAGCUUCCUGAAAAUAUAAAACGAGAGAAGGAAAAGCAACUUCCAGAAAUUUUAAAACAGGGAAAACCUGAAAAACAAAUUCUGCCAGAAAAUAUCAAACGGGAGAAAGAAAAACCUGAAAAACACAAUCUUAAACAUGAAAAGCAUGCUAAGCCAGAGAAAAAGCCAAAGAAAGUUAACAGAAUACCAAAGGUGAAGAAAACGGAUAAACAAGAAAGAUCUGAAGAGAAAAUCUCUGUUACAGUAAAUAAUGUUACAGUAAUAAUUACAGACUAUGUUCCAAAAAAAGUGAAGAAAAGGACUUCCGUAGAAACAAAUCAUGUGGAUAAUAGUGACAAUUCUUCCACGUCAGGGGGAAGUAACUGUAAUACAGAGGAUCUUGUAACAGAAAAUCAUCAAUGAUCAUAAUUGUAUAUUUUGUUUGUAUUAUAUAUUGCCAUAAAAUUAAUGAACAGUGUGUGAAAUUUACCCAAGUAAAGACCAUUUCUAUCAAAAUAGGCCAUGGUAUUUAACUAAAGUCUGUUAAUAAGACCUUGGUAAAUACACAUCAAUCAAAUUAGACCAAUGUUUACAGCUCAAGACUAGUAAACUAGACCUUUGCAUAGUGCUCAAGUGAAACCCAUCUGUCAAAUAAGGCCUUUAUAUAUAGCCCAAGCCUAUCAAAUUGGACUUUCAUUUAUAUUUAUAUAAAUAUCAAUAUUUUAGUCUUCCAAAUUUAACCUUUUUCUAAAGACCAUGUCUGUUGAAUUAAAACUUGGUUAAUAUAGCUAAACAAAUGAUAGUUAACCAAAUUAGACCUUUGUUUACAGCCCUGGCAGAGCUCUUGUCUAUCAAAUUUGGUCUUUGUUACCUGGGCAAUAAUCACUUGUGUACUAAGUCUACGGUAUCAGAUUAGACGUUUGUUUAUGUAACUGACAUAAAGCCCUAGUUAAUGGGCUGGUCUUGGUUCAUUAUAAGGAUGAUUGAUAUAGAUUAAAAGGUUCUGGUGUAAAAUGGAUUCAGACUGGUAUAUUAUAAAGUUCUUUUAGAAAUCAUUUCUUAUAGUCUGAAAAAAUGAAAGUGUGUAUGUAUAAAGUCAGUGUUUUGGUACUGACAUCAUUUACAACAUACCUUUCUUUAAUUGGGGUUAGUAAAUUAAGAAAUUAUUAACGGUUCUAACUCCUCAGGCAAAGUUUUCUUAAGAUGUAUUUUGCUAUUCCUUUUUUGUCCCUUCUGGUCAAAAGCUCCUUGCAUAUUCAAGCCAUACACACUUUGCAUUCAAAGGUUUGAGUUUGAGCAUUUUAGGUGAAGGCAACCUCAGAAUAGGGCUACGGACACACUAAAUACAUAAAGUUUCAUUGUUGUUAUUAUGGUUGUCAAUAUGUUAAAGUCAACAUAAAAAUGUGUCAUUCUUCAGAGAUGCAUUCAAAUACAGCUAGGUUGUCCCUAGAUGAUCUUGUUCUGUCCUUUGUCUUGUGAAUGUCAACAUUCUUUGUAUUGCCAGACUUGCACAUAUUUUCUUUAUUAAUCCGCAUAUGAUCAUUAAAACUGUUACUCAUUUGAUUCAAUGCAUAAUAAUACAGUGUAGAUAAGUGUCAUUGAUGUAUAAUAUUUGGAAGGUAUUGAAAUGACCUUUUCUUAUGUAAAUAUACACAUUACACAUUAUUUUACAAUGUCAAUACAAUUCUUUGGACAUUCUUCUGUCAUAUUAAGUACAUGUACAUGUGCCUUUGAAUAAACAUUAAUUGGGACAGUCACACAACUUUCAGGCAAAUAUGUGAGAACAGUAAGCUUCACUUUUAAAUGACCUUCAACAUUAAACUGAAACUGACAUAUAUUUAGUAUAUACAUGUAUAUAUAUAUUGUUGAAAAAUGUCAAACAUUCUGUGAUUGAUGGUAAUACAAUGAAAACAAUUUGCAGAAUUAUUAUUAAUUAAUUGUCAAUAGUCUGAUUUAGAAAUCUAUUUUAAAAGGCAUACAACCCCUUUUUUUGUAAUACAUAAUUUAUAAUACAACCUGGUAGCAAUAGUUUUAUUUGUUGAUUGAAACAUAAAAUAUUGCUGUACUGAGAUUUAGAACAUUCCUGAUGUAUACAUAGUCUGAGAACAGAAUAAAGUGGAUUUAGAGCAGUCAAAUUAUGUUUACAUUAUCUGUGACAUAAUUGGUUAAGGUACUGAUCAAGUUGAUUACCUGACAUAUAUAUAAAAAGUGUCUGAAAACAUAAUUGAUUGCAGACAAACUGAGACCAAUUUAAACAGUAAUUAUGCCAAUGUGAAAUUCCAGAAGUGGAUCAAGCAUCUAUAUACUAUUAAAGACCAAAAGGGAGUUGGUGAAUCAUCUUAUUGCUACAUGGUCUCCCAAAACAUCUGAAGAAUCAGAAUUUUGUUCCCCUGUUAUUUUAAGGAUUAUUAAUUUUGUUUUUAUAAGGCUUUCUUGUGACUGAGUAUUUGUGUGUAUAGUAAAUAUUGAGAUAUGUUGGGUACUUGAUUGACGACUUAAAAGCUUAUUCAGUAAUUUCUGCUGAUUUCAGAAUACCGAACACAUAUAUAUUUUCAUCAUGAUUAUGUUGGUAGUUUAAAACAUCAAAAAAAUAGGUAACAGCUGACGACAUUCACUAGACAGGUGAAUGCUGAAAAGAAUUAAAUUAUAGAGAAAACUGUAUAUGCAACUGAUUUGUUUAAAAUUAUGAUGUCUAUCAUUCUAAAUAUUCUCUAAUAUUCCUAUAAAAACCAUUGAUGAUAACAAAUAGAAUGAUGUAAGUUGAUUAUCAUGUUAACUGCCAGUCCUCAAUUUUAUACCAUUGAUCUCAUGACCUUAUUCAGCAUGUUCAGAGGAUGCAUAUAAUUUUGUUGGUGAUAUUUUUGAGAAUUUAAUAUGAAUACAGAUUCGUUUCAUCUAUAAAAUCCAUAAAUUUUGAAAGUACAGGUGGGACCUACAAACAAAACUGUGUACAAGUUUGUCAUUUAAAACAAUAGAAACAUUCCCCUAAAUUAUUGUACAUUAGCAUAUUCUGUUAGAGAUAUGUUAAAGAUUCAUACAUUUUUAGCUCACCUGGCCCAAAGGGCCAAGUGAGCUUUUCUCAUCAGGUGGCGUCUGUCGUCCGUCGUCGUUAACUUUUACAAAAAUCUCCUCUGAAACUACUUGGCCAAAAAAAUGUGUCCGGUGACCCGGCCAACCAACCAAGAUGGCCGCCAUGGCUAAAAAUAGAACAUAGGGGUAAAAUGUAGAUUUUGGCUUAUAUCUCUGAAACCAAAGCAUUUAGAGCAAAUCUGACAUGGAUAAAAUUGUUUAUCAGGUCAAGAUCUAUCUGCCCUGAAAUUUUCAGAUGAAUCUGACAACCUGUUGUUGGGUUGCUGCCCCUGAAUUGGUAAUUUUAAGGAAAUUUUGCCGUUUUUAUACGCCCGUUUACGGGACGUAUUAUGGUAUACCGGUGUCCAUCUGUCCGUCCGUCGUCAACAUGUCGGACAUUAACUCAAAAACGCUUUAACCAAUUUGCAUAAAACUUUGGUGAAUUGUUUAUAUCUAUUGACGUGAGCUCCCUUUCGUUUUUUAUAAAUUUCAGAUUUUACGUUUCCGAGUUGUGGGGUUUUAUUCAUUAAAAAAAGGGAUUUUCCAGUUUUCGGACAAUAACUCAAGAAUGCUUUCACCAACUUGCAAGAAAUUGUGGUGAAUUGUUUAUAUCUAUUGACAUGAGCUCCCUUUCAAUUUUUAUGUAUUUUAGAUUUUACGUUUCCGAGUUACAGGGUUUUAUUCAUAAAAAAAGGGGGAUUUUCCAGUUUUCUGACAAAAAAUCAAAAGUGCUUUCAGCAGUUCUUAUGAAACUUUGAUGAAUUGUUUAUAUCUAUUGAUGUAAGCUCCGUUUAGAAUUUUAUAAAUUUUAGAUUUUACAUUUCCGAGUUAUGGGGUUUUAUUCAUUAAAAAAGGGGGAUUUUCCAGUUUUCAGACAAUAACUCAAAAUUGCUUUCAGCAAUUCUUUUGAAACUUUGGUGAAUUGAUUAUAUCUAUUGAUGUAAGCUCCCUUUAGAAUUUUAUAAAUUUUAUUUGUUUAUAGUCUGACAACAGAUUUACUACGUAUUGCGCAACAGCAUAGUGUAUCGCACAACAGCAAGAAAUCUUUAAUUGAAUAUAAAUUCAAUUCAUAUAACCAAUUUCAAGUUCUUUGACUACGUUUAUUCAGAAACCUAUAAUAUGUCAAAUAUUUAAUUACAAUCCAAAUUCAGAUCUGUAUCAAGCUUGAAUAUUGUGUCCAUUUUUGCCCCAACUGUUCAGGGUUGGACCUCUGCGGGCGUAUCCAGCUGCGCUCAGCGAAGCAGUUUAUUGGUUAUUAUCUUCAAUAUUAUUAUAGAUAGAGAUAAACUGUAAACAGCAAUAAUGUUCAGCAAAGUAAGAUCUACAAAUAAGUCAACUUGACCAAAAUGGUCAGUUGACCCCUUAAAGAGUUAUUGCCCUUUAUAGCCAAUUUUUAACCAUUUUUCGUAAAUUUUUGUAAUCUUUUACAAAAAUCUUCUCUGAAACUACUAAGACAAAUUUAACCAAACUUGUCCACAAUCAUCAUUAGGGUAUCUAGUUUAAAAAAUGUGUCCGAUGACCCUGCCGGCGAACCAAGAUGGCUGACAUGGCUAAAAAAUAGUACAUAGAGUAAAAUGCAGUUUUUGGCUCAUAUCUCUGAAACCAAAGCAUUUAGAGCAAAUCUGACAGGAUAAAAUUGUUCAAUAGGUCAAGAUCUAUCCGCCCUGAAAUUUUCAGACCAAUCAGGCAACACGUUGUUGGGUUGCUGCCCCUGAAUUGGUAAUUUUAAGAAAAUUUUGCAGCUUUUGGUUAUUAUCUUGAAUAUUAUUAUAGAUAGAGAUAAACUGUAAACAGCAAUAAUGUACAGCAAAGUAAGAUCUACAAAUAAGUCAACAUGACCAAAAUUGUCAAUUGACCCCUUAAGGAGUUAUUGCCCUUUGUAGUCAAUUUUUUACAAUUUUUGUAAAUUUUUACAAAAUAUUUUCCACUGUAACUACUGGGCCAAGUUCAUUAUAGAUAGAGAUAAUUGUAAGCAGCAAGAAUGUUUAGUAAAGUAAGAUCUACAAACACAUCACCAUCACCAAAACACAAUUUUGUCAUGAAUCCAUCUGUGUCUUUUGUUUAAUAUGCACAUAGACCAAGGUGAGCGACACAGGCUCUUUAGAGCCUUUAGUUUACCUUUUAGACUAUUUGUAUCUUUAAAUGGUAAGAUAACUAAAUCAGUGUGACCUAUAUUUAAUCAUCUAGUUUUACAUUCUAUGUAUAGGUAAACAGUGUCAUUGAGUGUAUAGAUAUAUGUAUGUCAUACAGCAACACACAUAAGAUAUUAACUUAAAGAUAUAUAUUUUAAGAUAUAUAUUAAUUUUUGUAUGAUGAAAAUGUGUGUGAUGCUAUGUAAAAUGCAAGUUUUUAGCAUGUAUUCAAAUGUGAAACACAGAUUUUUUUUUCUGCACUUGUCUACCUGAUAAAACUCAUCUGACAUUGAUUUCAUUAUUCCUUUAUCAACCUUUUUUAUGCCCCCACCGUAGCGGAGGGAGCAUUAAGUUUUACCCUUGUCCGUCUAUGUCUGUACGUCCCGAAAUUGGUUUCCGUUCUCUUACUUUAGUUUGCCUCAACCAAAUGUUAUGAAACUUAUACACAAUGCUGAUUACCACAAAACACAGAUCAAGUUUGAAUUAGGGUCGAGUCAUUAGUACCUUUCUAGAGUUAUGCCCCUUUACAAAUGGAAAAAUUGCUGAAUUUUUCUUUUCCGUUCUCUAACUUAAGUUUGCCUCAACCAAAUGUUAUGAAACUUAUACACAAUGCUUAUUACCACAAAACUCAGAUCAAGUACGAAUUGGGGUACCGUCACUUUUACUAUUCUUGAGUUAUGUCCCUUUAUAACGUUAUAUGCAGCAGGGGCAUCAUCUGUGUCCUAUGGUCACAUUCCCCAUUUUUUCAUUUAUAGAUAAUAAGUUUCUCAGUUACGACACGAAAUAUGCCAAUUAUAUAUAUGGUAUAUGUAAUGAUUGUCAGGAGUUUAUGUCCGUCUGACAGGUUCCACUUGACAAUGACCUCAUUUUAAUGGUUCACUGACCAAUGUUAAGUUUCCUGAUAACAUCAGAUUCUCUAAGUUUUAGGUCAAAUAUAUUGUUGAUUAGAAUAAUUGUAGAGUGUUACUGUACAUGUUCCUAUGAAAGGGUUCAUCUAACCUUGAUUUCACUUUAAUGGAUCAUUGAUAUAAAUGUUUUUUUUUUUACACCUGUUUGACUUUCAACAUAAAAUUCAUUCAGGUCUGAAAUUUCAGUAUGUGCAUACUUGUUAUUUCAAAAAACACUUAAAAAUUGGGUAUAAGGUCUUUCAUUGGGAAAAUUCAUUAUACAUAAAGGAUGUAUUUCAAUUGUGAAGGAAUGAAUUGUUAUUAAUCUGUGUAAGGUCUAUGAUAAAGUUAAAAUAUCAGUUUAUUAAAUUUAUUCUACUCACCUUGCUAAAACAAUCUCUUUUACAAAUAACAUCUGUUUACCAAAGGAAAAUAAUACCUUAUAAAAACAAACUAUAAAAAUCUGUUUGCUAAUUGGCCAGUUAAAAUCAAAAGUUUGCUAAUAUCUUUCUUGUGGUAAGAAAGGCAAGCUAGGAUACUGAAGGUUUAUCUAUAACACAUAUCAAUUAUACUAGUCAGAGUAAAUCAUUAAUUCGCCUGGUCAAACAGUGGGUUUUUUUCUGUUGUUUUUGUUUUUGCCUGUAAAGACAUGGGGAUGCUAAUUCAAAGGUGUUGAUGGCAUUAACUAUUUGUAUUAAGCUUUUUCCCUUAGAAGGUAGAAGACUUCGAUACUUCAUACUUUGUAUACAUAUGCCUUCUGUUUUUAAGUUUCUGUCUGUCAAAUGUCCAUUGUCUGACCCUAUUUUUAUAGUUCAUUGACUACUUUAAAAAAAAUUUAGUUCUUGCUUAUAAUGAGUAAUAGGAUAACUAUGUUUGGAAUAUGGGAUCCUUGCAAGGUCUACAAAUCCAUCAGACUCUUUUCUUUGAUCAGUGAUCAAGGUUAAGUUUUCAUGGUAUCUCAGAUACUAAAAGGUCAACUACAUUUGGGUAUGGAAUAAUUGUAUGGUCUAUAUGGCGGGAUUCAUCUAACUUGACCUUUUUUCAUGGUCCAUUGACCAAGUUUACAUGGUUAUAUCUGUAUCUGAUCGCAGACAUGCAUUUUCAAUAAGCCCAAGUUGUACUUGCCUUCUGGCAGGGUUCAUCUUUUAAAAAUUCAUCUCAUUUAUAUGGAUCAUUGAUAAUGAAUGUUAAGUGAUGUGAACUUGGAUGUCAUUUGCUGUAUAAAAAUAUUUACAACAAAAACAAAAAUUUUCACAAUAAAUCAUAUCUUUUUUCUACAUGAAGCUGACAUAAGCUAUACUGAAUGUGAAAUGUAGAGCAUUUAUAGUAGAAUAGAUUUAUAUUGUCGAAAAUAUAAAGUCUUUUUGUUAGAGCUUUCGAAAUUGAAAGAAAAAUUAAGGUAACCAAGGGUUUCUCUUUGUUUCAUAGUGGGUACAAAUUAAUCCGAUAUUAAACAACAUUGUUAGUAUGUUAUAUUUUUUUGCAACUUGAUAUUGGUGAAUUAAUUAAUUUAUUUUGUUAUUUUGGUUGGUGCCUUUCUUUUUUGUUUUUAAAGAUAACAUACAUUACUUUGACACAGGCAUUGAAGAGGUCAUCAAAAUGAACUACAAUGGAAACACUUGUUUGAAUAUAUCUAUUUGUUCAUUAUAGAAUUUGUAAACUGGCAAUGUGUACACAGUAUGAAUGUUUAUUUGUAAAAUUACUGAUUGCAGAAUAAAUUGUGAUUAUCUCGGUUAUGAUUGGUGCAAAGAAGUGGACAAACUGAAUUAUUGUUACCAAUAUAAUGCAUUGCAACAGUUGCAACAAUCCCAACACAGUUAAUUAAAAUGUAGUACAAACUUAGUCAUGUUGGUUUUAUUUACAUCAUCGUAUAUUUAAGAAGAAUACUAUGUCGUUGCUACUUACUAUGAUUUUCAGUUCUGAUAUUGAAAUAAAAUGAGAUGAAAAUUGA